CAAAAGGCCGAGCUGUGAGUUUAUUGUAGCCCAAACUGGAUAAGAUAUCGAUCUUACACUCUUUUCGGCAAGGUCAUGAAUAUUCCCAUAUAUAAAAUUCCUUAUCAGCUGUUGAGAGUGGUCAUCGUGGGUGCUUCGCAUUUUGGUACGUGUGUGUGCUUCUUGCUCCCCACAUUCAUGUUGAUUGAGGUGGAGGAUGAGAGGCAUAUACUAAAUAAUUUCGUGUGUGUAAGAUGUCGAAAUAACCCAUGUUGAUAUAAAUUCGCGUUAAUAGCUUCUUCGCGAAGGUGCUCGCGAUGGAGUUCUUGCGAGCGCGCUGCUGCGAGAACGCGUCUCUUGCAGAACGGCAGCAGAGUCAACACGGACCGCGUUGGUGAGUCCAGUCGACGCUUGAACGUCGAACGGAACACACGGUGCUCUCGGUGCGUCUCCACGGCGUGGGUUGGAACAAAAAUAUUUCGCGCCACUCUUCUGGCACGUUCUGCCAAUCACUCCACCAUAGCCGCAUGCGUUUCCUUGUCGCGAGUUAUUUGCAAAAAAUCAUGUCUCUUGGGAACAUCCGGCGGGCGCCACUCACAUGUCACCGUGAAAAUUCAUUCAGAUCGCGAAGGUGUUGAUGUGCGGAAGUUGCUGCAAAAAAAAUGUUAUUAACGGUGAUUUAGGACCAGGCCUGGAUAAUCCUACAUACUAUAUAGUAAAACAGUAUACGCGGAUGUGAAUGAUCCCAUCAAUAGUGAUUAGACGUCGUUGUGUGCUCAGGACGGGGUGAUUCACAGUGCUACGAAGGAGAUUACAAGUGACGGGGGUGGCUCAUUCAUAAUUUUUCAUUGGAGGGCAAGAACCAAGUGAUAUAACUAUCAACCCUCUGCAAGAUUAAAAACCAACCCCGUGAAAUAUUUUCUCCACCAUAAACUAAUUCAUUUGGACCGGAGAAAGCGGAGAAGAUUCCUCUUUUCCUUCUUCAUUUUUUCUUCUUCGAAUUUUUUUUUCUUAGAGGGGUGCAGUGACUCCACAAAGGUGUACACAACAAUACCGCAUGACAUCCAAUAAAUUCACCCUUAAAUGGGGGUGUGUGUUGUGCCGAAAUUUUCAACCAUGCCGGGAAAGUGUUGAAUGUGAUGGUGUCUAUUUGUGAAUUUUAUGUUUAUUACAUCCCAACAAACACCUUAAAACCGCAUCCAAGUCACUUUUAGAGGAAACAACCCCUCUCGUGCUCAUAAUACGUGUAAGACAUCCUUUGUCGCGCGUUGAGAGUUAGAGGACAACCAACUUGCUCCUCAUCCCCCCAUUUAUGUACUUCUUUUUCCCGCCCCCACGCACUGUGUGAGCUGAUUUAUUUGCAGUGGGUGUUUGUAUGAAUGAACAAAACUGACGGCGACAAUGCCUCGGAUGAAGUGAAGUUGCUGUUUGAGCGGAAAUUAAGUUCUUGUGGACGUGAUAUUGGAUUUCUCCCAAAUAUAUACUUACAUAAUCGACACGAUAAGUGGUGUCGGAAGUGGCAAAAGGGUUGAGAUGGCACCAUGGUACCAAUGUUACUGCGGACAACACUCCGCCAGCAGAAGCAACCCCUGUCCCGUGGAAGAGGCAAGAGAGCCAUUGAAUCAAGUGUCGGACCAAGACAUUGCCACUCUGCAAUUGAUUUUGAGCUGGAAAUCAAUGAGGACCCCCUGGACAACAUGAAUUGCUCCGGAGUUGUAUUUCCAUCUGGCCCACUGACAAAUUCAACCAAUGUCACGCUGGACAGUAACCCACCCACGUCCACACCGGCAUCCCUGCAAGGAUGCGAGGCCGCCAAUUGUGGCCUCUGCCAAACCGAGUUAAAUGUCAGCUUCACGCCGGCCCUCUCGCAGAUCCUAUUGGCACCCACAUCAUCUACUGGACCAAUAUUUACGACUGACGGGGACAAUUCGACAACUGGAGAGGUCAUCAAUUCAUUCUAUUUCUAUGAGAUUGAGCAAUUCACCGUGCUGUGGGUCCUCUUCACUGUCAUCGUGCUGGGCAAUUCUGCCGUCCUCGUGACGCUCUUCAUGAACAAAACCCGCAAAUCGCGCAUGAACUUCUUCAUCAAGCAGCUGGCCGUUGCAGAUCUCUGCGUGGGGCUCCUCAAUGUUCUCACGGACAUCAUUUGGCGUACAACCAUCUCAUGGAAUGCCGGAAAUAUCGCCUGCAAAGCCAUUAAGUUCCUCCAGGCGAGCGUCACCUACGCCUCUACGUAUGUCCUCGUGGCUCUCAGCAUUGACAGAUACGACGCCAUCACCCACCCAAUGAACUUCUCAGGAUCAUGGAAGCGAGCACGAAGACUGGUGGCAGCUGCAUGGGGACUGAGCGCCUUCUUCUCCCUCCCGAUGCUCUAUCUCUACGAGGAACGCCCCAUUCAAGAUCAACCCCAAUGCUGGAUUGACUUGGGCUCCCAAUUUGGCUGGCAGGUUUACAUGUCUCUCGUAGCUGCGGUGCUGUUCGUAUUUCCCGCCCUCAUCAUCUCGGCAUGUUAUGCGAUAAUUGUGAGGACCAUCUGGGCCAAGGGAGCCAUCCUGGGUCCAAUCGAUCGUCGAGGUGGCGUCGAUCGAGGAAGUCGUCGCGCCAGUUCGCGCGGCAUCAUUCCACGUGCCAAAGUGAAGACAGUGAAGAUGACCAUCGUGAUUGUGAUAGUGUUCGUGGUGUGCUGGUCACCCUACAUUGUCUUCGAUCUGCUGCAGGUGUUCGAUCAGAUUCCCCGCACGCAGACAAAUAUCGCCAUUGCCACGUUCAUCCAGAGUCUGGCGCCGCUCAAUUCAGCCGCCAAUCCACUCAUCUAUUGCCUCUUCUCCACACAGGUCUGCAGGGCACUCAGACGUCUCCCACCUUUUCGGUGGUUGGCAUCGUCGUGGUGCUUCAAGUCACGAGAACAGGCAAAUCACGCUCAGACACGGUGUGGCGUAACUGGUGGAGCACGGAUGCACAAUAGCAGUGACUCCAUGCGGACCCUCACGACAUCCCUCACAGUGUCUCGGCGCUCGGCGUCCUGCAUGCGACCACAGCGCGUCGUGAUUGCCGAGCGCCCCAAGACGAUCAUCAUGUCGGAAGUUUAGUAUAGAGAAGAAGAACCUCAUUCACAUUUCUAAUAUUUAAUUUAUUUAUUUAUUGCGACUUUAGCACUAGAACCACCACAUACCGUAGAAUGGGGGCAUUUUGUACAUAUAGAAAACAAAUCCAACUGUAGAGAUGAAAAACAAAAAGAAUUUUCAGCAAAAGGACCUUUUUCCCCCCGAGGGCCAAAAAAGGGGGAAAGACAAUAUUUAGAAGAAGAAAAAAAAAUGUGGGGACGGAGAGUCCGCAGAGACCUCGAAUUUUUAGUAUGAAAUGAAUUUAGGCAAUGAGAAUAUAUACAUUUCUAUACGAAAACAAAAAUUUACAAGGAAAUUUCAAAGCUAUACUGAAUGUAGAUGUAGGCACAUUUUUCCCUGGGAGAGAUUUUAUUCUUUGUGGAUUUAAUUGACAUGGCAAUAUUUAUAUUCCCAAUAAUUUCAUAUAUGUGAAGAAAAAAGGGGGAAAUUGUCUUCCCAGGAAUUGAGCUCAAAAAGAAGGGAAUAACUUUUCAGCUAAAUUUCUCUGUCACUUUGUCUCUCUCCAUUUCGUGAAAAAUUCUCAUCAAAGUCUGUGAAAAGGAACGUUUGAUAUUGGAAUUUAUGUAUAUUGAUUCUUUUUCGUAUUAUAAACUUCUAAACCAGAGAUUAUUUUCUGAAGCGUCUAUGCAAGAAAUUGCUUUCCAUGUGAUAUACAUUUAUUUACAUGCUAAAAGGGGAAAGUUGGGAAAGUUAUUGAUGUUUUAAAAUUAAGAAUUUGUUUUAAGAAAAUCCUUUUUGGUUCUUUUUAGAAAAUCUUGACAUGUUUCUUUCAAUAAAAAAAAUUCUCAAAGAAGUCAGAAAAAACUGAUUAGAAAAAGUUUCUUUCUGACUGGACCAGCUAGCUGUAAGAUAACACUGCCAAUCACUUAAACUUAAACAUUUUCGGAAUUUUUACAUUUUUUUUGAUUAAAAAUUAAAUUAAUUUAUUAAUUGUGUUCAAAUUAAUUGAAAUAUUAACGCUCAAAAGCGAAAUAUUCUUUACCGUCACAUUGAAAAUCAACACUAAGACGGCAGCGGACGCAAAUUCAAAAACUUUGCAUUAUUUUUUUUUUUCAAUUAAAUCAAAAGAAAUUUCCACGUUAAAAUUCGAUUCAAAAUAAUAUUCAAAAAAUUGUUUUUUUUUUUGCAUAAAGAAAACUCAACAAUCUCACCCUUCUCUACCCUAUUGAAAAAUCAUCCUUCCAGGAAGAGAAAUUGACAAUUUUCAGGGAAGAAUGUAUUUCAAUUUUAAAAGAAAGAAAAUGAUCUCUGUUCCCCAAAUUUUUCUCAUCUUACAAACGUUCAUUCAGAGAGUAUUAUGUAUUUUCCAUUUAUAUUUAAUUUCUCUUUAGAAAAUGGGAAUGUGAGAAAAAAGUCGUGAAAACUUAAUGUAAUUUUGUAUUAAUGUCCUUUUUCUAUUCCUUAGGAGACCUUUUUGAUAGUGUGACACUGUGCCAAAAAAAGAAAGUAUUUUGUUAGUGUUAGGAGGGUCCCCAUGGGAAGAUUUUUUGGGAAGGAAUCCAAUUAGGUAAGGGUAGAGAGUUGAUAAGGAGCGUGAGCUUUUGUGUGGGGGUCGGAGGUGCGAAAAUUAGACUGAAUGUUAAAGGAAUUGUUUCAUCACAAAUGCGGGGUGGUUUGGGUACGCGUUUGAAAUUAGCGACGAUGUGGCUGAAAAAGCUCCACCAACGCUUUUCUUUCGUCGUGGUACAACACCCCUCACACGCAGAAAAAAAGCUCACGCAUGGAAAGCCCCAGAGGAGCGUUUAUUAUUUGAAGUGUGAACAUGAAUGUAUUAUAAGUGAAUGUGAAUAUACCCAAAAUACAGUAAA